UCAAAACUGUAAACUGUAGUGCGCCUUCAGUUUUUAGCUUCAAAACCAAAAAUCAUUUCACAGCACUGGUAAUUGUCAUUUUCCUAGAAAUAAAUCCUGAAAUAUUUUUCUUAAUAAUCAGCAAAUUUUACUGCUAAAAAAAAGUGUAAGCUAAUUCGAAAUGGAAGCCAAUUUUAGGACACUUGACCAAACCAUGACAGUCGAAGCCAUAGCUUCCAUCAAGACCAAGCGCAUGGCCAAUAAGCUGCGACUCGAUGUCGAGGGUAAGCAGAAUAGAAAGCUCCAGCGGAAGCAGUUUGGUAAGGAGCAGGAGAAACAGGCGGAGAUUUGCAGGAUGGCCAUGAAACGCGAACGCCAGCAUCGCACUCGUGAUGAGCAACUCUUGAGCCAGAAGGAGGUACCAGGAAUACUGGAAUGCGUGAGCCUCUUUUACGAUAUCCAUAAACUACGCAUGGUAAAGAAGGAUUCAACUCCCAAAGUGGAAAAUGUUCCACCGACUUCUGGAUUGCUUAAGGAAGUGCCGGUAGUGCCGCCCCAGUUGGAAACAUUGAUGCCGCCACCAAAAUGCAUCAAAUACAACCGGUACCGUCAGGAGAAAUUCCUUAAGGGCCAGCAGGAGUUUGGCAUCAAUCCACAGGGCAGCCAUAUGGAGCCCGAGAAGCCCUCAUAUUCGGGCUCGAAAUCAAAAGGCAAGGUGACUAAGAAGCUCAUGCCCGCUCCCACUACUGACUUUACCAAGAUGGCCAACAAGGUGAAACGCCACGUUAAGACUUACUCUCGGAUGCCCAUCAUUGUGGUUCCAGACGCAAAGACCAGCCUGGUCAACAUGAGCAAUGUCAAGCAGCUGCUGCAGGAGAUGCGCUACGUGCCCGUGGAGCAAGCCCGUCGUCAGGCAUUAACUGAUGGUCAACAUGCCGACGAUAUUAUUAUCGAGCACCGCUUUCAGGGGCAACUGGUGAAGUACCGGGUCAUCGACAACAUAGUCCGUCUAACCGCCGAGGAGUGGGCCCGGGUGGCCGCCGUUUUCGCCAUGGGACCCCAUUGGCAAUUCAAGGGUUGGCCAAUGGGCGGCGAUCCCGCCCGCAUCUUCCACGAGGUGUGCGCCUUUCAUUUAUAUUUCAAGAAUUCGCCGGUUUGCAAGGAGUUGCGCAACUUGCAGGUGAACCUGCUAGCCUUAUCGCCAAAUGAACGCCACAUGGAUUGUGGCAUCCUGACAGAGUUCUGGAACAAACUGGACCGCCACAUGGCCGUUCGUAUCCGUCAGUUUGCGUUCAUCAAGUAGAAGUAGGGUGCUUACUUUCCCCUUGGGCCACAUAUAAAUAGAUGGAGAUAAGCUGGGAAAUCAAUAAAUGAAAUUGAAUAAGCCAGAACAAAGGACGAAGGACGAAGACCCACACUCACACAGGCACACUAACUUACAUGCACACAUGGGGCGGAUCUGGUAUAAUAAAAAGCGAACGGGCGCAUCAGAAAAAUAUAUCACGUUUGUAUAAAAAUCAUAUAAAAACGUUGCGAAAACUGCAAACUUGGCAAGAAAAUUAAGAGCACAAACAAGUCGGAAAAUGAGGAAAAUGGGGGGGUAAAGCGGGAAAACUUGGCACGCGUGAGACAAAAGCUAAAUGACACACAAAGGAGCAGUUGUGUGCGUGUUUUCGGGGGUAGGAGGUGUACUUAUGUAAGUCACUGUGCGUCCCACAAAACGUAAAGCUGUCAACGGCGUUCAGAGUGAUGGCGAAAACAGAAAAUGGGAUGGCUAUGAAGGUUGGAGCAGGGGGAUCCACUAAGAUGAACAGUCGGCGCUAUAAAAAUCACUGGGAAAAAAUGGCAAUCUCUAUAAGCUAGCAGCCGACACCAUGUGUGUGUGUAUUUAAAUAAAAUGCGUGCCAAGGCAUUUGCAUGCGAUGGUGGUGUGAGGUGGGAUAUGAGGCAAUUGGCAGGCGAUAAAAGCUACUGAAAGGAAUGCACUAAGCGUGCGUACAGUGGAGCCUAGAGAAAUCUCUUGUAGAAAUCAGAAAUGUUAUCAUUCAGUCAGUUAUAAAGGUUUUUAUAUUAUAAAAUUG